AUGCCACCACUUUUAGGUGAUUUGGAGAAUUUAGAGCAAUUGAAUGUGGCACAUAAUAUGCUUUCUAGAACAAUUCCAAAAAGUAUUUGUCAGCUUCCUAAGCUUCAGAAUUUUACAUAUACUUAUAAUUUCUUCACUGGUGAACCGCCGGUGUAUUUGGGGUUGCCGGAGUUUCAUGAUGAACGGAAUUGUUUGCCCAAAAUACCGGUGCAACGGUCUUCGGGACAGUAUAAGGCGUUUUUGUCUAAAAAAAUUCAUUGUAGUGCUUUUAGGUGUCAUAAAUUUGUUCCUGUUUUGCCAUCUCCACCACCACUUUCACCGCCGUUGCCUGCCCCUCCUUCGCCUGUUGUGGUGCCUAUUUUUCCUUCUCCGCCACCUGUUUAUUCGCCUCCGCCACCAAUUUAUACUCCUCCUUCACCUUCACCACUACCUCCUCCACCUCCAUUUUAUUCACCACCGCCACCACCACCCUUUCCACCUCCUCCACCACCAGUCUAUUCACUGCCACUACCAACUCCAUCUCCUUCUCCACCGCCACCGCCAUCACUUCCACCACCUGUUUAUUCACCGCCACUACCCCCACCAUCUCCACCUCCUCCAUCACCAUUGCCUUAUUGUGUACGCUCACCUCCACCUCCCUUGCAGGCCUCCUCUUCUCCUCCUUCACAUUUUUUUCCGUCAUCUAAUGAAACCCACCAAUCUAAUCACUUCCUAUGCUUUUCUUUUCUAUUUUUCCUGCUGGUCCUGAACUCGACGAAGCCCCAAUUCACUGUCUUCGGCCUCUCCUUCUUGAUCUCACCAAUCUAA